AUUGCAUUCAAUGGCGGACGUGGCUUUGUUUCGCGUCCCAAAAUUUGUUCCAAGUUUUUGAACUAUACAUAGAAAAUAGGAUUGCAUAUUUAUAAAUUGACAGUUAAACAUCUUCAUGAACAUCCAGUGCACAGUCAGAAGCUGAUUCACAUCCAAGAUGGGUGAUACAGUGAUUACCAGCUCUACAGAUCAUUCAAGACGGAACAACUCACACCAUGGUCAGAUGUCAUCAGUGGCUGAGAUUAACACUCCUAGCCCUGUGUCUCCAAUGUCUCCACCCCAGUCACCAAAUCCAAUGCAUGAUCUCCCAAUAGAGCUUCUACAAGCAGGUUGGAGGAAGUUCUGGAGUAAACGUGAAAACCGGCCUUAUUAUUUUAACAAAGUCACAAAUACCAAUUCCUGGGAUAUUCCCUCACUAGGGCAUGACCCAUUAUCAGAUCCCCUGGGUAUAUCAGGUCCAGGUUCUGGCCCCAACCCCCAUCAAAGUGAUGUGAGAAUGUCCAGAUUAAGCACAGAUAUCCCUUCACCCAGGGUAGGGGAAAAGCGAAGAAGUAGUCAAGAAAUGUUAGGUAGUCCAAUGAAGAAAUCAUCCCAGAGUAUAGGGCCUUUCUGGAACUUUGAAAUUCCAACAAACGUAAUCAUAUACGAGAGGCAGAUGUCCCGCGUGCUCCCACCUCAUCCAGAGAUGGAGGUCUACAGGUCACAACUUGUCACUAAAUUACGCCAGAGUUACCAGGAAAUGUGUCAUUCUAGGGAAGGUAUAGAUGCACCGAAGGAAUCCUUCAAUAGAUGGCUCUUAGAGCGCAAUGUUAUUAACAGGGGUCCUGACCCUAUGUUACCUAGCGACUGUACUCCAGAAAUCUCGCAAUCCAUGUAUCGAGAAAUAAUCAAUGAUAUACCAGUGAAACUGAUCAAGCCCAAGUACUCAGCUGAUGCUAGAAGACAGUUGUCAAAGUAUGCAGAGGCAGCUAAAUCAAUGGUGGACAGCAGGUCUGUGUCUGCUGAAAGUAGAAAAAUUGUAAAGUGGAAUGCAGAAGACACAUUUCAGUGGCUACGAAAAAUGCAGAACCCAUCAUAUGAUGACUACCUCGAACGUCUAGCACACCUGAAGCGCCAGUGUCAGCCCCACCUCACAGAAGCAGCCAAGGCAUCAGUUGAGGGAAUUUGCAGUAAAAUAUAUCACCUCUCUCAAGAAUACGUCAAAAAAAUACUAGAAAAACAUUGGGGAAUUUUAAAGGAGCAUUUCAUAAAAGAGCCCCCUGUUGAGACCCCACCAAAGAGAAAGGUGAUGUGUUACCCUGUCCUCCUUGCCACUCCAUGCCCUAGGGUCUCAACCCCUGAUCUCAAAACAGAAGGCGAUGUGACAUUUAUUCGCGUUCGAGGAGAAGCUUUAAAAAUAAACACAGUCCACUUUCAAAAAAUGGAACAGCUGUAUAGGUGGAACUGUAAGGAUGAUCCAAAGUUUGAGUUCUUCCUAGCAAGAACUUGGUGUGUGCUGAGAAGAUACCAAACACUCUUUGGUCUACAACCCAAGGAAGGUUUUGGGAUGCAAGGAGCCCUGCCUGUGCCUGUGUUUGAGUGUCUCAACAGGCAGUUUGGUGUCACCUUUGAGUGCUUUGCCUCACCCCUCAACUGUUACUUCAAGCAAUACUGUUCAGCAUUUGCUGACACAGAUGGUUACUUUGGCUCUAGGGGACCCCUGUUAGAUUUCCAACCGGUGAGUGGGUCUUUUGAAGCCAACCCACCAUUCUGUGAAGAACUGAUGGAGACCAUGUGUGACCAUUUUGAAAAUCUUCUAGCAGAGUCCCAGGAACCUCUUUCUUUUAUAGUGUUCAUCCCUGACUGGAGAGAUCCGCCCACAGAGGCCCUUAUUAGGCUUGAAUCAAGCAGGUUCAACAAAAAGCAAGUUGUGAUCAAGCCAUAUGAGCAUGAAUACAGACAUGGCUUCCAACACCAGUGUUCUAAAGAUGACAUGGACAUUAAAUCAAGUCACGGUACAUUGGUGAUUUUUCUACAAAAUGACGCAGGGUAUGCCAGGUGGGGACCAACUCAAGAGAAAGUGAAAGACUUAAUUCUAGCAUAUAGACCCAAGGAUUCAGAUAACACAUACAUGUACUUGGAGAAAGAGAAAGCACAUAUUUGGCAAGUCAUGGCACUGUCGUGA